GUCAGCCAGUUCCGGCAAGCAGGUUCGGUUGAGGCUAAGAUCGGAGGACGUUUCUGGAAGGAGCAGGGAAAUAAAAGAGUGCGCGCGGGCGCAGAGGGGGAAAUUCGUCGCGGACUGAUAUUGUUAGGAGUGCAGUGGCCAUUUAGGUUUGACAAUAGACAGCUUUAACAUGUGAGGAUGUGUUGGAGCUAUCAUUUGGCUAACGAGACCCCUACUGCUUCCGACGUCUUUGCAAGGAAGGACAAACUAAAUUGGGGAAUAAAGUAGAAAAAUGACUAGUUCUUCAGAGAAGCCACAAGAGGGCAAUAACUUUGAGAUUCGUUACCUGAAAGGUGAUCUGUUCUCAUGCCCAGAGAAGGAUGCACUGGCGCAUUGUAUCAGCGAAGAUUGUGAAAUGGAGGCAGGCAUAGCAGUCUUGUUCAAGAAGAAAUUUGGAUGUGUUGAGGAGCUGCAGAAUCAGAAAAAGAAGACUGGGGAGGUGGCAGUGCUGCAAAAAGAUCAGCGAUACAUUUACUACUUGAUCACUAAAAAGGUGGCAUCUGAUAAACCAACUUAUGAUGAUUUGCAGAGCAGCCUCAAGACCAUGAAGAACCACUGCCUGAGCAAUGGAGUCUUCCAAUUAUCAAUGCCCAAGAUCGGAUGUGGGCUGGACAACCUGGAGUGGGACAAGGUUUCUGCCAUAAUUCAAGAGGUUUUUAAGAAUACAAAUAUCAUAAUCACUGUGUACACUUUGUAAGGAUACCCAUUUAUUAUUGUGUAUAGUUCAAAAUAAAUAUCCCAUAAUGCAGAUCUGGGUUGUUAUUGA